AUGGUCUCUACCAAGACUGUCACCAUCAAGAGCACCGGCGACCUCAACAGCUCCGCUGUCGGCGUCGUGGCCGUCUUCGAGCCUACCGGGGCUUACAGCAAGUACGACCCCAUCGUCUGGCGGCUCACGUCUCUCCCCAGCGCGGAAACGUUCCAGCCUGAUGUUUACUCCUCAAUUCCCGCGUCCACCUGGACCGACGAUCUCGCCUUCUCCGCGCUCGAUGAUACCAGCGACCUUCCCGCUGCCCAGUACAUUUUGACCAGCCAGCAGACCAGUCUCCAGGGUAACUCCAACACCGGAUUUUCGUUCACGGCACCCCAAACCGCUCAUACCCAGCCGAGCCCCAAGUGCUUCAAUCUCACCGGCACGAACGCCAACAUCGGCUUUGGGUUCAUCGUCGGCAGGGGCGGCAUGCAGGAGGAGAUGGAUCCCGUCGCCGCCUUCACCAACGUUCUCAACCAGAAGAGCGUCGAUGCCAAGGGCUGGGCUCCGUACCUCAACGUCUACAUCGUCCCCGGCGACCAGCUGCCGGUCGCCGAGGGCCAGCGGAUCACCAAGGGCAUGCUCUCGUCGGGGUAUCUGUGUUGGUCUCGGGACCUGCGUACGCUGUCCGCCGCGAGCGUCACGCUGAAUGUGUCUUAUGACCCCACUCUGUCCCGGUAUGUCAUCCACGACGGGACUGGCUACAGCCAGGCGUUUAUGGACGCCUCGCGGCUUCUCAAAUGGCCCGCCCAGGGACGCACCCUGGACGCGACCAUCUACUUCCCGUUCUCGGCCUCCGAUGGCCUGACGCACAUCUCCGAGGAGCUCGGCUCGCGCGGAUACGUCGUCGACAUCCUCAAAUGUGGCGACGACGUGCUGUACGGCAAGGUGUCGCUGCAGGUCCCGCGCAACUUGAGCUGCGACCAGGCCAAAUGUGACCUCGAGUCCGUCACGAACGGGGUGGUCACGUCGUUUGCCGGGAAGCUCCUCUUCCUCGUAAGUGGGACGUUCCACGCGUACGUGGACAUCAACCCCACCACGUUCGCCUGGUUCGACAACCGCAUCGACCCUCUCCCCUCUGCUUUCGCUGAGGAAGGCGCAACUGGGGAUGUGGCUGCGAUGGAGGGCAAGGUUGACGAGGCCACCCAGGCGAUUGGGAAGGUCGCUCUGUCGGCACGCAACGGCAACGCUCCGGCCGUGAACGGGAACGACGUUGGUGCGCCGAAGAGGCAGGCCACGCUCACGAGCCGGAUGAGCGCCCAGGAGAUCUCUGCCCAGUGA